CUGAAGCACCAUAAAAAAUACUUUGAGUUCAGGCAGAACAAGUUACCACUGCUAUAUAGCUCUCAACGUCUCAAGCAAGCUACAAUACAUUGGUCUUUCAGAAUAUCAUUGACAAGCAACCGCCAUUGAGACCAAACUCUAAAACAAAACCUUCCAUUUCUCUGUUAUAUUGGAGAAACCCUUUUGUUGCCUAGACCCAGUAGUGAAAGAAGAGGCAAGAAUCAUCUUGAAGAUGAAAAGGACGAGAGAAAUGGAGAAAGGAUCAGAGAUACAGUCUGCAAUUGAAGAACUGUCGAUGCUGAUCGAACUCAAGCCCACAGGUGACAAUCUUGAUAGGACUACUACUGUUCAUAUACCCACAAGGCCCUUUUUAAACGUCUGCAACCUUGUUAUUCAGGUUCUUGAUAAGAUAGGCCCAACAAUGGCAGUUUUGAGACAAGAUAUCAAUCAGAAUAUUCAGAGAUUGGAGAUGCUAUGUAAUUCUGAUCCUUCAAUAUACUCCAAUUUGGUCGCGAUUUUAAAGAAAGAGGCCGAUGAAGGCAAUGCAAGAAAGGGUGCCAGCUGCAGUAAAGCCUUUGUGUGGCUUGCCAGAUCCUUGGAUUUUACGGGUGCUUUGUUACAAAGAUUAGUGGCGGAUCCUGGUCAGAAAAUGGAGCAACUCGUGGAGGAAUCUUACAGCAUCACUUUAAAGCCUUGGCAUGGUUGGAUUUCAACAGCUGCUUAUAAAGUUUCUCUUAAAUUACUGCCUGAUAAUAAAACGUUCAUUAAUCUGCUCAUGCCGAAAGAUGAAACCUACGACAACCUAAAUGAGCAUGUGCAAACAUUCAUCUCAUUACUUGUACCUUUUCUAGAAGAGAUCCACUCUAUUCUGAUACUAUAUGGAUUGGAUAGGCUGAAGUCUACUUAGGGUGAAGACGCACAAAGAUGGGAAAAAAAACUCACAAAGAAAGCAUAGCAAAUGUACAGAGUUUUGUCUUUUACAUAACCUCAAGUUCUCUACUUAGUUUCUUUCGUGUAACUAUGAAUUUUGUAAAUAACUGGACAAGUUAUAUGGAAACUAUGCUGUAACACUAACUUACUGUAAUGUCCACAUAUGGCCGCAAAGGCUUCUUGUUUA